CCAGCCUUCCCCUCAUGAGCUAAAAACUUAGUAAAAGAGACACGUCCAUUUCUUUAAAUAAUAAAUAACUCAGCAGACGGCUGCUCCCCCGCUGUCUCCUCUCCUCUCGCAAUUGGGUAUUUCGGUCUGGGAUCUUCUCUAGCUCCUUAGCUCAUGUGUGCCCGCUAAGUCUGAGAGUGUGGAUCAAUGUUUGACCGGUUAUUAAAUCGGGAAAGUACGCGUGACGGCGAGCCCUGCGGCGAAAGUUGUUCCCCGGGUGCUGAAGUCUUUGGGACUCUAGAUUAAAAGAAAUGGAGUUGUAGCUUGUUGUCCGGAACAUUUGUGUGUCAAAGUAGGGAGCACCAAACGGAUUCGCAGCCUGGACUUCCCUCCCGCUUGGGUUUUUGCAUGGGAUUUAACCGAACCUCGGUGGAUUUGAGGCAGCAGGUUAUGGAGACCAAGGGAUACCACAGUUUUCCUGAAGGCCUAGAUAUGGAACGACGUUGGGGUCAAGUUUCUCAAUCUGCAGAACAUUCUUCCCUGGGGUCUGGAGAGAGGACUGAUGAGAAUAACUAUAUGGAGAUUGUCAAUGUAAGCUGUGUUUCCGGUGCUAUUCCAAACAACAGUACUCAAGGAAACAGCAAAGAAAAACACGAACUACUCCCUUGCCUUCAGCAAGACAGCAAUCAAUCUGGGAUUUUAACAUCUGAUAUUAAAACAGAGUUGGAAUCUAAGGAACUCUCAGCCACUGUUGCUGAAUCUAUGGGUUUGUACAUGGACUCCAUAAGAGAUGCUGAUUUUGCCUAUGAUCAGCAGAAUCAGCAAGGAAGAAGCCUCAGUCCAGCAAAAAUUUAUCAAAAUGUUGAACAGCUGGUAAAAUUUUAUAAAGAAAAUGGCCAUCGCCCCUCUACUUUAAACAGUGUGAACAGGUCCUUGAGAUCAUUUAUCUCUGACUCUGGCAAUUCUGUGAAUGGUAGUAUCAUGCGCUCUAUUGUUAAAAGCCCCAUAAUGUGUCAUGAGAAAAGUCCUUCUGUUUGUAGUCCUCUGAACAUGAAUUCUUCAGUUUGCAGUCCUGCUGGAAUCAACUCAGUGUCCUCAACGACAGCCAACUUUGGCAGUUUCCCAGUGCACAGCCCAAUUACCCAGGGAACUCCUCUGCCAUGUUCCCCGAAUGUUGAAAAUCGAAGCUCUGUGUCGCACAGCCCUGCACAUGCUAGCAAUGUAGGUUCUCCUCUGUCUAGUCCAAUAAGUAGCAUGAAAUCCCCAAUUUCAAGCCCUCCUAGUCACUGUAGUGUCAAAUCUCCUGUCUCUAGUCCCAAUAAUGUCACUAUGCGCUCCUCUGUGUCCAGUCCUGCAAACAUCAACAACUCCAGGUGCUCUAUUUCCAGCCCUUCCAAUACGAAUAACAGGUCGACUCUUUCUAGUCCAGCUGCUAGCACUGUGGGGUCUUCUAUCUGCAGCCCGGGAAACAAUGCCUUCAGCUUUGCUGCUUCUGCCACAUCUGUCGGAUCCAGUACGACCCAGGAUGUUAUUCCUAGUCCAGAAACGAAUGAGAGAGGUGCUCCAGAAGUGACAUUUCCCAAAACAGAGGAAAUAGAGAAUUCCAUCUCCAAUAAUGGUGUGGCUAGUCAGCUUAACAUCAUUCAGUAUAUAAAAUCAGAACCAGAUGGAGCUUUCAGUAGCUCGUGUCUUGGAGCAAAUAGCAAAGUCAGUUCUGAUUCCCAAUUCUCAGUACCCGUCAAACAGGAGUCAGCCAAGCAUUCGUGCUCAGGUACUUCUUUUAAAGGGAAUCAGACAGUAAAUCCAUUUCCAUUUAUGGAUGGUUCAUAUUUUUCCUUCAUGGAUGACAAAGACUAUUAUUCUCUAUCUGGAAUUUUAGGACCACCUGUUCCAUCAUUUGACGGCAGUUGUGAAGGCAGUGCAUUUCCAAAUCCGGGCCUGCCCAUGGGAAUUAAACAAGAGCUCGAUGAUGGUAGCUAUUAUCAAGAAAACAGCCUGCCUUCAUCUGCCAUCGUUGGUGUGAAUUCAGGUGGACAGUCUUUCCACUACAGGAUUGGAGCUCAAGGCACAAUAUCUUUAUCAAGACCUAUUGGAAGAGACCAAUCUUUUUCACAUUUGAGCUCAUUUCCUCCAGUCAAUACAUUGGUGGAGUCGUGGAAAUCACACAGUGACUUGUCAUCCAGAAGAAAUGAUGGGUAUCCAGUUCUAGAAUACAUUCCAGAUAAUGUGUCAAGUUCUUCUUUACGAAGUGUUUCAACUACAUCCUCAAGACCUUCUAAAAUAUGUUUGGUGUGUGGGGACGAGGCUUCAGGAUGUCAUUAUGGAGUGGUGACCUGUGGCAGCUGCAAAGUUUUCUUCAAAAGAGCAGUGGAAGGUAAAUGUUCCUGGCAACACAAUUACCUAUGUGCUGGAAGAAAUGAUUGUAUUAUUGACAAAAUUCGAAGGAAGAAUUGUCCUGCCUGCAGACUUCAGAAAUGUCUACAAGCUGGAAUGAAUUUAGGUGCUCGAAAGUCAAAGAAACUGGGAAAGUUGAAAGGGAUUCAUGAAGAACAGCAGCCUCAGCAACAGGCUCCACCACCCCCACCACCCCCCCAGAGCCCGGAAGAAGGAACAACUUAUAUCGCACCAGUCAAAGAGCCCUCUGUGAAUUCCGCCCUUGUUCCUCAGCUCUCCACCAUAUCACGAGCACUGACGCCUUCACCGUCUAUGGUCCUUGAAAGCAUUGAGCCCGAAGUUGUAUAUGCAGGCUAUGAUGGCUCGAAACCAGAUACAGCAGAAAACUUGCUCUCUACUUUAAACCGCCUGGCUGGCAAGCAGAUGAUUCAAGUAGUCAAGUGGGCAAAGGUUCUGCCAGGAUUUAAGAACUUGCCUCUUGAGGACCAAAUUACCCUAAUCCAGUAUUCUUGGAUGUGUCUAUCAUCAUUUGCCUUGAGCUGGAGAUCUUACAAACAUACGAACAGCCAAUUUCUCUAUUUUGCUCCAGAUCUAGUCUUUAAUGAAGAGAAGAUGCGUCAAUCUGCCAUGUAUGAGCUGUGCCAAGGGAUGCACCAAAUCAGCCUUCAGUUUGUCCGUCUCCAACUUACUUUUGAAGAGUACACCAUAAUGAAAGUGUUGCUGCUCCUAAGCACAAUUCCCAAGGAUGGCCUCAAGAGCCAAGUUGCAUUUGAAGAAAUGAGGACAAAUUACAUCAAAGAGUUGCGGAAAAUGGUAACCAAAUGUCCGAGUAACUCUGGGCAGAGUUGGCAAAGAUUCUAUCAGUUGACUAAGCUCCUGGAUUCCAUGCAUGAUCUGGUGAGUGACUUGUUGGAAUUCUGCUUCUACACCUUCCGAGAGUCCCAGGCACUGAAAGUGGAGUUUCCUGCAAUGCUGGUGGAGAUCAUCAGUGAUCAGCUACCAAAGGUGGAAUCGGGGAAUGCCAAGCCCCUGUACUUCCACAGGAAGUGAUGGAAAAAUGUCUUAAUGGAAGAACUUUGCCUUAAGUUUCCCUGUGUUAUUCCACACCCAUGAAGGACCCAAGAAAUCACAUUUUUAACAUGCGAUGAUUCACAUUGUUCAGCAGUUUUUCAACUUUAAAAUCACGUUAAGGGUUUGGGGACUGGAAUACAGUUCAACAUGGAUUUGGCAAGAACUGGAUGAUUUAAGAGCUCUUCUCCUUACCCUCAGUGCUUAGAAAAUGAUCCUGUUCCUCUGGAUGAAAAGCCAUACCUAGUCAAUAACUCUUUGAUUUUGAUAUUUUAACAGAUGGAAGUUUUAAAUAUGCCAUGUAGUUUCUGGUAUUGUUUGCUUGUUAUAAAAGGGUUCAAGGACUAAUGAACUUUUUAAAGCUUACCCUUGGUUUGCACAUAAAACGUACAGUCAAAUAUGGGGCAUUAAUAUUCUUUUCUUAUUUAAAAAAAACAAAAAAGAAAAAAAUAUAUACAGACUCUUGUGUAAUAAUGGAACAUUUGGUGUGGAAUAAUCGCCUCCCCACCUGGGGCAUUUGUUCUCCCAUGUUAUCCUUCAUCACUAUUGGACACACCCUUCAGUGUCCAUUUAUUAUUUAAUUAAAAUGGAUAAGAUGUUAAAACAAAUGCCUUGGUUUCGAUUUAUAUUAUCUAUUGUGCUGGCUUUACAAAUAAUUUUUCGCAGUCUUUUGCUGUACUGUACAUUACUGUAUGUAUAAAUUGUGAAGGACCUGAAUUAAGGUGUAAGGAACUUUUGUAAAUGAGACACAUACAAAAAAAAAAAUCUUUAAUGGUUAAUAGGAUGAAUGGGAAAGUAUUUUUGAAAGAAUUCUAUUUUGCUGGAGACUAUUUAAGUACUAUCUUUGUCUAAACAAACAAGGUAAUUUUUUUUUUUUUGUAAAGUGAAAUGUUCUGCAUGCCUAAUGAAGCGUUUACAGUGUAUUUAAGAAAGGGAAAGCUGUGCCUUUUUUUAGCAUCAUAGAAUAUUUACCAUUUUACAGUGUCUGUUGUAAAUAACCACACAAAGUUUUUCAGUUGUCUUUAAGCCUUUCUACUCUUCCAUAUUCCAUUUCCCCUUUUGUCUGCCACUUGCAAGUACCUGUGAGCUGAGUACACUUUAGGACUCCGGCUUCUUUCUUCCCCAAGGAAUGUUGUUGAGUUGUGUUUACAGCUUCAUGAAGGUUUCAUUUAUCAAGACACAACAGACAAGUGGCUCAGGAGCCUUGGCAGCUUUAGUGCUGUAGGGAGACUGCCUCUUCUCUCCUCCACAAGCAAAAAGUAAGUCCUACAAUGUCGGGCCUGGGAGGGAAAAAAUUGCCCUUUAAAGGUUGCUUUCCAACUAUUUGAGAUUUCCUUCUCUGGGAGAAAACACAAGCAACCUCUUAGGGGACCCUCUUGAUGUAGGGGAAGGGCAAGGGAACAUCUAUCCAUCCUUUCAUUCAUCCAUUCAUCCAUCCAUCCAUCCAUCCAUCCUGGGAGGGAGGAUCUCUCCAGAUUGGAACUGGCAACUACUGGGGGUGUUGACAUCUUCAAAAUUUAAAUCUUCAAAAGCCUUUUAUAAUGAAACUGCAGCUCAUACACUCAAAGUUCAACUCAUUUCAUGGGAUUCAGGCUCAGGUGCCUUUUAGGUUUCUCGGCAGCCUAAAAGCAUAAAUAUACAUGUUAAGGGGCAGAGCUAACAGGCUGAUUUCACAAGAUAAAGUGCUGAGAGUCCAGGCCAAAGGAAUCUCUCUGAGAGUAAUGAUUAACAUAAGUACUCACUUACUCAUGGAAAUCACAUCCAUUUCCCCAAAGUCUCCCAGCUAACACUGAAGGAGGGAGGGAGGCACUGAGGGCCCUGAGAAGGCAGCAUUCCACACUCAGCACCCUGCACUCCACUCCAGGCUUAGUGGAGCAUCCUCACCUGUGACAACAGGACCCUGGUCUUUUUAAAUGAUACCUGCCUUAUGCAAUGGGAAACUUCCGAAAGCUGUACUCAAGAGAGAAGGGGUCUUCUUACAUACUUUGCAACUUCAGGAAUUUAAUUUAAUCAACCAGUCUUUAACUAAAAACUGACAUGCACAGCAAUACGAAAGCUACCCGUGGAAGGCUUGAUAAAUACACAGCAUGCAGACUGGGGGUUUCUGGAAAAGACAUGGAUACAAAAAUGCAGCUUUUAGUUCAGACUUAAUUUUUACAGAAUUGGAAUUUCCACUUAACCAGGUUUGGGAUGAAUACAGUCUGCAUCAGCUUUUUGUAUUAACAAAGUUACUGGCUUUUUCUGUCUCCAGGUAACUUUGCUUGAUUAAACAGCAAAGCCAUAUUCUAAACUCUCUGUUGAAUGCUUGUCCCAGUCCAAAUUGUCUGUUUGCUCUUAUUUUUGUACCAUAUUGCUCUUAAAAAUCUUGGUUUGGUACAAUUCAUAAUUCACUGAAACUUCUUCAUAGAAUUAAAAAAAAACACUAAAUUAGUUUAAAAAAGCAAUUUAUAUCUUUAUGCAAAAACGUAUGUCUGUCUUUGCAAACGACUGUAAGCAGAUUACAAUAAAUCCUUUACUUUAA